AUGAGUGUCAGUCUUGUAUCUGUGACAACAAUACCUAUCUUCCUUUGGAAUGCUCUACAAGAGGCACUCCCAGUAGGUGAACAAUUUGCAAUCAGGAACAUACCUCUUUCAAACCGAUGUGCUCGAUGCAAUGAGGUGGAAUCAGUGACACAUCUGCUCUUCACUUGCACUUUUUCGAGAGAGGUUUGGGCAAGAGCCCCGCUUGCUGAAAUAGUGGAUGUGGAGCGCAUCACAAGCACUAGUGCGGGACUUGAUCAGAUAAGAAGAAUCCCAUCUCUUCCACCGGUGGGACUGGGACCAGGAACGCUGACUGCUUCGAUCUGCUGGAAUCUAUGGAUAUCACGAAACCAAUUGACCUUCCAACAGAGAAAAUUCACACCAGAGGAGACUCUAAAAAAAGCGACCUGUGAAGCUCGAGAAUGGACGCUUGCUCAAACUCCACCGCUAACUCCGAGCCAGAGACCUCCUAGCAUCAACCAGGAUCCUCCUCUAAGUACCUCAACAACGCGCAUGUACACAGAUGCUGCUUGGAACGCCUCAACGGGCUUUGCGGGACUUGGAUGGAUCAUCGAUGAUACGGGAUCGUCAUCAUCAUACUCAGCGACUGCAACCUUUGUAAAGUCGCCCCUCUUUGCGGAAACCUUGGCUUUGCGAAAAGCUAUGACCUCUGCUAUUGAUAAAGGGAUUAACUCUCUCCUGAUUCUCUCGGAUUCUCAGUCUCUCAUCAAGCUUCUGAAUUCAAAGGGAAGGAAUCUUGAGAUCGCAGGACUCCUCAACGACAUUUAUCUCCUAUCUACUUCCUUUAAUGCUAUCCAGUUUAAGUUUAUUCCUAGAGCAAACAAUGAUAGGGCAGACUCUGUUGCCAAACAAGCUCUAGCUGUAAUGUUUUAA